AUGCACGCUCUUUUGGCCUUCUCUGCUACGCAUAUCACCUUCCUUACUGACUGCCGUCGAGUCAGCACCAUAGCUAUCGAGCACCGUAGCAUCGCACUGAGCGGUCUUCACACGGCAAUUGGUACCUUCUCUCGUGAGACCUCGGAUGCUAUUCUAGCUGCCUCUCUUGUCCUGUCAUGGCAGGCAAACGACUGGCAGAGCUGGCAUCAACUGAUGCAGGGCACUUUCGCCGUUAUUAACGCCAUAGACUCUUGGAAGCAUGAAUCGCAGUUUACCGACUUCAUUGCCAAAAGUUACACUAUCUACACCCCGCCAGCUGCUUUCCCUUUACCUGAAUUACAGCACUACCGCAACCAACCGUCUACGGACGAUCUCGACAACGCUUUUCAACGCACUCUCGACCAAGUUGAAAAGGUCGAGGCUCAUCUUCGCCGCAACAAUGAGGAGACCAUCCAGAUACAGCAUCUCGUUUCCCUCCUUACGGGGGCGCGCAAGACGAGUACGCUGCCUAUUGCCCAGCAGUACGAGAGCCUCCAGCCUCUCCGCAGUUGGCUCUUCUGGAUGCCGGUUGGCUACCUGCAGAAGCACAGUGCCUCUGCCAGCUCUCUUGUUGUUAUUGCCUACUUCUACACUGUUGCUCUACUCUUGGAGUGUCUCUUUCCAGACAUUGGUGCUGCGCAUUUUGCAUCCCAGUCCAUCUUUGCCGUUGAGGAGAUUGCUCGCCGCCUGAUGUCUGCUGACUCUCAUGACUGGGCACGCACUCAUUUGACUCUGAUGCAAUUUCCACUCGACUCAGUCAGCGAGUGCCGCUCUCGCAUGGGUUUGGUCAACCCCGAGAGAGCUGGCUCGUUCCCAUUGUACAACUCCCCUACUGGGGAGGCUACUGGCCUUGCUGGCAACGAGCCGUAUAGCUAUAAUCACUCGACUUACUGCUACAGUGCCCAGAAUAUGCCCAUCGAGGAUAGGCCCCCGGUGAAUACCUCACCUUUUGUCCAUGAGCACUACCUUAAUGAUCCUUCGCCUUCUGUCGUGGUCUACCCGCCCGCCUCGUCUACUCUUGAGGUGCCUAUCGCCUACAGCAAACCUGAAGAGUGCCCUUCUUUUGGGCCCCAGACUUUUCAGAUGGGCCACUCGCCUAUAUUUGACACUUUGCGUUCUGAUUAG